CCCGACCGGAAGCACCAAGUGAUUGCAUCAGCUUGAGUUUUCGAUUCAUUUGCGAGCUGUUGCUGCUAGCCGAGUGUUUAUGUUCGGUUCUGGUCGGUUUUAGGAAGCUACAAAGAUGAAUACGGUUUUGUCCAGAGCCAACUCGCUGUUCGCCUUCUCCCUGAGCGUCAUGGCGGUGCUCACCUUCGGCUGCUUCAUCACCACCGCCUUCAAGGAUCGGAGGGUCCCGGUGGACAUCCGUGUGUCCAGAGUCCUGCUGAAGAAUGUCGAUGAUUUUACUGGACCAAGAGAACGCAGCGACCUUGGCUUUGUGACCUUUGACCUCACAGCUGAUCUGCAACCCAUUUUUGACUGGAACGUGAAGCAGCUGUUCAUUUAUCUGUCAGCUGAAUAUGCUACCAAAGCCAACUCUCUAAAUCAGGUGGUCCUGUGGGACAAGAUCCUUCUCCGGGGAGAAAAUGCCAAGCUGAACCUCAGAGACAUGAAGUCCAAAUAUUUCUUCUUUGAUGAUGGAAACGGACUCAGAUCCAACAAAAACAUAACCCUGACGCUGUCGUGGAAUGUUGUUCCCAACGCCGGCAUCCUGCCCCUAGUGGUCGGAAGUGGACAUGUCAGUUUGCCUUUCCCCGAAUCGUACGAGAACACCAGGAGCUACUAAACUGAAAACUGAGCCACCAUCCAGACUCCCUUUGAGUCGAUCCAGAACUCGAAACAAUAAAAACUGUAUUUUCUAAUUUUGUUGGCUGUGAGUUCAUAAUUCCCCUCUGAGUCUGUAAAUCCUUGGAGCUUUUCAUGUUUUAUCUAUGAGAUGUGCUCACAGAGUCUCCACUGGCAGCUUUCCUCUCAAUAUGUUUCAGCUCAAUUAUCUCAGUUAUUUUCUACCGUGAGAGUAAAGGUUCCAUCAACUGAAGCCAUGUGGUUCACCCGUUUGUCAUGCAACACAAGUCAGAGGUGCAGUCAAAUUCCUGAAUUUCUUGGACUAUUCUAAAACGGACUCAGUGAAAACGAGGCUUAUGUGUUGACAGUACUGGCUUCUCAAACUGUAGGACUGCAACAUGUACUGGUAAACUCUGUGGCCUCCACAGGGCACAUUCAUGAUUGAAGUUAUGUCAAAAAGUGAUGCAUUCUUGUUUCUGCUCAACUAAUUGGUAUUUAUAAAGUUUAAAAAUUAAAUAUAUUGGUGGUUACA